AUUGCUAUUUAGACGUUUCAAAAUUAGAAGGCAUUUUCUUCGACAUCUGGGGCCGGUUUUUCGAAAGUCACUGACAGUUCGUGAUAGUUACAAUCCUGGAACCUGCGCAAAAGCCAACCGUGGUGAGCUCGUCCUGGUGAAAGAUCGUCAGAAUAAGGAUACUAUCCUGGUUUGCACUGAAGAUGAAGGAGUGUACACUUGGAAAACAACUGAUGGUUCGAAACCUUCUGGUGAAUAUUUCAAUCCUGGAUAUGACUGUUUGGAAAUCCUAAAUCAAAACACGAAGGCAAAAGACGGCUUUUAUUGGGUAAACUUUCGUCGUCCCAUUCCGAUAAAGGUAUGGUGCGACAUGACCACAGAUGGUGGGGGGUAUAUGUUAUUCGGGAUUAUGAAUAACACCGUGACUUGGAAUGUUCCGUCAAGCAACUCUACAGUGGAACCAUUUGGUAUUCCUCAGUUUUCUAGUGCUUUUGGUGACGUAUCCAUAUUGGACUUUAGAAUUCAAGUUUCUACGGAUGUGCAAUAUAAGCAUAUUAUAUCACACUGGUCGUAUCGCUUCAAAAGCAAACGCCCAUUAGGAGAAUUGUUGAUGGUGAAUGAUAUUGGAUGUCCGAAUAAUUUACCUGGAAUAGGUGAUAUUUCCUACGUGAAAAAUUUGAUGACAGAAGAAAUUGUUUCCAAAGAUUUCUCAUGUUCAGUGUUUGGGUCUUACAGCCAUCCUUCAGCAAUGAUUGGUUGGUCCAUGAUGAAUUCCUGCCUGAAGAAGCCGUGUUCGAAUGGAUUUGCCUAUCACCCUCUCAGUGUAUUUCCAAUCCAGGUUGAUUUCUCUGGUGGACUCAGUUUUCUUGCUGGAAAUAGUUCUGGAACAAGUGAUGGUUCCACAGCUUUUUUUGGUUGCGACAAAGGAAAGUGCUGUGCUUGCUAUGGCCCAGCUGGAGGCAAUGGUGUUUACUGUGGGAAAGAAUGCACAGUCAUGAACGGAGGUACAGUUACGAAGAAUGCUCGUGCUGGGUUUUGGGUAAGAUUGAAUCCUCCUCGGAAGGUGUGGGAAAAGUGCAUGGAGUACAAGACUGAAGAGGAAAAUGGUGAUGCAGCUUGGUAUAAAUUGGUUGGAGAUAGAAAUAUUCCUGUGAAGGGACGCUGUGGAAAAAGCGAACCAACGUUAAAUGAUGGGAUUGUUGUUGUUCCGGAUGAUGUUACAAAUGUACCAAAGAUUACUGGCUUGCUGGCAUAUCAGAAGGAUAUUGAAAAGCUUCACCUAAGGAAAAACAAUACGUGGAAAGUUGUGGCAGAAGAAGAAAAGGUAUUUAUGAUGAAUAACGAAACACUUGGAAAGCUGGAAGUCCUGGAACAAAUGAUUAAUAAAAUCCAUCGUUUUCUUGAUAUGGAAUUUCCCAGCAAAAUCUUGUUCAGAACGCAAAGUUUUAUAACUCAACUGCAAAAAUGGUUAAAACAUCAUCGUGGUUUGAUUCCAUGCUACCGAAGUUCGGAGGACGGUUGGGCCAGCAGUAGUUUCCACAGCGCUUGUGAUUACAAAGGACCGACUGUUACCAUAAUCAGAGUUCAAUCCUACAUCUUCGGAGCGUACACAGAUGUUUCUUGGGGGGGAUCGAGUGGGUACCGACAAAGUACAAAAUCUUUCAUAUUUUCCUUGCGGAACCGAUACAAUUUGAGACCAUUUAAAGCUGAUGUCUACCGAAACAGUCAAAAUGCAAUAUACACAGGCCCUAGUCUUGGUCUAAUCUUUGGAGGUGGUCACGACAUCUACAUUGCAAACAAUGCUGGUCAGUCAACAUCCUCGCACUCAAAUUUUGGCCUCACAUACCGUCCUCCCUCUGGUUACAAUUAUGGAGCCAGCAAUACGCAAGCAUUACUAGCUGGUAGUUACUCCUUCACUCCAUCUGAGGUUGAAGUUUUCUACUUUGUCUAG